UGAUGGUUACUCUUUUUCCUUUCAGGAGAAUGACAUCACUCUCAAAUGACAUUAUGGAGAACAGAUCUGAGGUGAAUUCAUUCAUCCUUUUAGGAUUAACAGAGGCCCCAGGGUUUCAGGGUCCUCUGUUCAUAAUGGUCACCCUCAUCUAUCUCAUCACCCUGGUAGGGAACCUGGGGAUGGUAGCUCUGAUCUCCCAUGAUUCCUGUCUCCACACCCCAAUGUACUUUUUCCUCAGAAAUCUGUCUCUGGUGGAUUUUGGUCUUUCCUCAACUGUUAUUCCCAAGGUGAUGACUGGAUUCCUCACAGGCAACAAGGUCAUCUCUUAUAAUGGAUGUGCUACCCAGUUGUUCUUCUUUGUGGCCUUUGUUGCUAUUGAAGGUUUUCUUUUAGCGUUCAUGGCCUAUGAUCGUCAUGCAGCUGUGUGUCAACCCCUACAUUAUGCCACUAUCAUGACACCAAAAAUGUAUGUGAAUCUGGCCUGUGGAUCUCAUAUCUGGGGAUUUCUGUAUUCCUCCAUCAUCAUAGGAAGUAUUUUUAGUCUUUCCUUCUGCAGGUCCAAUAUAGUCCAUCACUUUUUCUGUGAUAUUCCCCCUCUCUUGGUUCUCUCUUGCUCUGAAAUUCACAUCACUGAAUCAAUCAUCUUUAUUUUAGGAUCAUUAAAUGCAUCCUUUACAUUUCUUGUUAUCUUUGUUUCUUACUUGUUUAUCUUCAUCACUGUCCUUAAGAUCCGUUCUGCUGAUGGGCGCCAGAAAGCUUUCUCCACCUGUGCUUCCCAUCUCACAGCAGUAUUCAUAUUUUAUGGGACAAUCAUCUUUAUAUACUUCCGACCCAGCUCAAGCCAUUCAAUGGACUCAGACAAAAUGGCAUCAGUAUUCUACACCAUGGUUAUUCCUAUGUUGAAUCCUCUCAUCUAUAGUCUGAGAAACAAAGAAGUUAAGAAUGCUUUCAGAAAAGCUAUGAGAAGACAACGUCUUCAAUUUGAUCAUCCUUUUUAA